GAACGCUUCUAGUUCUCCCAACUGAAUAUCCCUUUCACCAACCGAUGACUAACCAGUCUGGUCCUUGAGCAGGGCCUAGGGAACCUAGGCUAAAGCGAGUGCAGACUGCAGAGUCGCGCUACUCCUGAUUAAUUUUGUUGAGUCGUUUGCCUUCCUUCGGCUCUGCGAAGCCACUUCAGCUUCACCGAGCUAAACGGGUGUCAGUCGACACUCGGUGGUGUCAGCCAGCGUUGUGUGAGCAAGCUUCGAGUUCUGUUGACCCCGUGGCAGCAUUCACCGGCGUCACCAACAAAAGAAAUGCCUACCUCAAUCAAGGAAGCCAUUGCCAGAUGGCAAGAGAAAAAUCCGGAGGAGAAGGCAGACUCGGCGAAGAAGGUGUCGCUGAUCGGUCAGCUGCCGCCAAUUGAGAAGAUGGAUGCCACCCUCAACACACUUGUGGCAUGCGAACAUCUUUCACUCUCAUCAAACGCGAUCGAGAAGAUCGGCAGCCUUGGUGGUCUCAAGAAUCUCAAGAUCUUGACACUGAGUCGCAACAAUAUCAAAAGUAUGGCUGGACUGGAAGCGGUCGGAGAUACACUAGAGCAGCUCUGGUUUUCCUACAACAACGUAGAGAAGUUGCGUGGCAUAGCUACACUGAAGAAAUUGAAAAUCCUCUACUUCACAAACAAUAAAGUCACUGACUGGAGUGAGUUUAUGAAGCUGGCUGAGCUGGUGUCUUUAGAGGAGCUAAACUUUCUUGGCAAUCCACUGCAAGAGAGACUUGGCGAAGGUGAAGGAAGUGAAUGGAGAGAGCAGGUGAUGCAGCGCUUGCCCAAACUCAAGAAACUUGACGGAGUUCCCAUUGUCAAGACUGGUGGUGAUGAAGAUGAGUAAGCUGACUGGUCUGUGAAGUGAUUCUCAAUUUCGCGAGUGGAGCUUCAGCCACUGUCAAUGGUUGCCAACGUGGAAGGCAGGGGCCAACAGCAUCAGAACAAAGCAAACCCAGCAAACGACUAGCACAUUGCCUACUUGUACACAACACUGCACAAGGCUUUUGAAGAGCAAGCCCCAUAAACACACUGCUAAAACCCAAUGUAAAGAGCAGUGUUUGUCAGGCAUUCAAUGCUGAUGAGCCUGCGUCAUAUGAUUGUACAUAGUGUCUACCGUCAUGUGGCCAUCCCGGAGUUGGCCCCAAGCAAAUGGAUAAGUAUCCAUACUUCAAAGUAUUUGUUUGGAUUAGACUAUUGUAAUGAUAGAAAAGUCCAAUGUAGUUUUCCGAAUGGUCUUCCCGCGUUCCGGCACUAAUACGAAAUAUCUUAUCAUUCUUAUGUUGAUUUAUAGUCCGCUUUGAUGGACCCUAUGGUAGUUAUGCGGUGCCUAUUUGUUAUCUCCCACAGCAUGAUGCAAGAUGAAGUGACUCCUUUGAUGGGAAAUGUUAGUAUUCACACUGGUCAUAGUAUCUUGUUACCUGCAGUAUCUACUAAUGAUAUGUGGACAGGA